AUGCCUAGGUCCAAGAAGAAGAAAGUCAUCUUUAGGAAGCUGAACGUUGAUGAAUUCUCAAGCCACGUACAGGAUGGUAAAAGGCUUGACAUGGAAGAUUCCGAAGAUGACUUGCAGAUGACCAUCGCCAAACUGGUAGCUCCUCCAAAAGGCAAGGACCUUGUCGCAACUAAAAUCCACUCUAAAGAGGAUGCUUCAAAGCAACCCUGCUACUGUCAAGCUUGCAAAGAAAUCGGACACAACUCGAGAAAAUGUCAUAUUCUUCCGGAAGAGCCCAAGGAGAAAAAGACCAAUACCCAAGACGAGAAGACCAAGCCAUCUCGGGACAAGGACACCACAAAAGCACCUAUGGAGACAAAGCAACCCGCUACCAAGGUGACCGAUAUUGCACCGGAAAUCUCCACCAAUGGCCAACAUACCUCAAAGAAGAACAAGGAAGUGAUGGAGGAAAAUGCCCUUGAAGUGGCUUCAAAUCGGAAGAGUCUGCACCAAGAAAAAGCGGAAGGGAAAAAGCCCUUAUGCGUGAGUGAUAGUGAUAAUGAUGAGGUUAUGGAGCUCGAACACCCCGCUCAACCGAAUGUGGAGGAGCAACCCUUACAAUUGGCGACUAAGAAAAAAAAAACCUCGAAGCAU